GAGGAGACAUAGCCAACAUCUCGUGUCACGAAAUUGACCUCCAGCUCACUCAGCUCUAGUCAGCUACCAUCACUAGCUGGGUUAAUUUUGUUUAGUCAAUCAGACUCCAAUUAGAAAUAAACCAACUCGUGACGAAAUGUCGUAUGGACAAGGUUAUAAUCCGUAUGCUCAACCCGGCGGAGGCUAUGCCGCUCCGCCCGGAGCCUUUCCGCCCCAGAACGCCCAGGUGUCUCCCCAGGCGCAGCAAUGGUUCGCCAUGGUGGAUCGCGAUCGAUCCGGAAAAAUCAACUCCUCGGAGCUGCAGGCUGCUCUCGUCAAUGGGCGUGGGGACCACUUCUCGGACAACGCCUGCAAACUUAUGAUAAGUAUGUUUGACGCCGACGCCAGCGGCACCAUUGAUGUCUAUGAGUUUGAGAAGCUAUACAACUACAUCAACCAGUGGCUGCAGGUCUUCAAGACCUACGAUCAGGACAACUCGGGACACAUCGAAGAGCAUGAGCUGACCCAGGCCUUCACCCAAAUGGGUUUCCGCUUCACUCCAGAGUUUAUUGGCUUCUUGGUGAAGAAGAGCGAUCCUCAGACCCACAAGGAGAUUUCCGUGGAUCAGUUCAUAGUGCUCUGCGUGCAGAUCCAACGCUUUACGGAGGCCUUCCGGCAGCGAGACACCCAGCAGAAUGGAACGAUUACCAUUGGCUUCGAGGACUUCUUGACCGUGGCCAUUGGUUGCUCUUACUAAACUGAAACCACUACUCGGCAACUACUCCAAGGGGUAUCCACACUCUUGCACAGACCAGAGCUCUCAGUGUAUUUUAAAGUGUAAUUCCGUUUGUGGAGCAUUUUUAAAAUUGUACGGUGUUUGAUAGCUUUUACGAAAUACGAAAUGCAUACUUCUUUAAUCAGUCAUAUGGCAAUCUCCCUCCUCUUCACUAUCAGAAUCUAAUUUCAAAAGUAUUUGUUAACGCAGUUCGACUACAUCAUAUAGUACAAAGUGUCUUGCGCCUAAAAAUAAAGUAUACACUCAUAUAUUGUAAUUUAAAAGUAAAAA